UCUGUCAUUCAAUGAAACAUUGUUUUCAAAAAAAUGUUUUGACAUUUUUUUCUGCAUUUCUGUGUAGACUGCGGCUUCGGGUGGUCGUUCCAGAAAAUGUUUUCGAUUUUAAUUCUUGGUAUGUUCGUCGGAUCCUCCCUUGGAGUUCCGGACAAGAAAAGUCCUCCACAAUGGAGCCCCGUGUACUCCGUCAAAGGCUUGCUGUUCAUCCCUUAUGCUGAGUUGAGUGAGCCCUUCUAUGCCUGGUUCGACAGCAAGAAUGGCAAGUCCCGUAUCGACUACUACGGUACGAUGGUCAAAACGUACCAAAUGUCAUCGAGUGUCUACCCCAAAUAUGGCACUUCUGUCAAGAUCGCUCCGGUUACGACGGAAAAAGAACUGAACAAACAGACAUGCCUUCAAGUGAAUGGUACAAAAGGACAAGAGGUCGGAGUACAGACCGUGUUGCCGGACAUGACUGACUUCAGUUUUGUGGGUUCAGAAGUGAUGCAAGACUCUGAGACCUGGAAAUGGAGAAUGGUUCAGACUAUCGGUGACAAACUUAAUAAAUAUACAAUGUGGGUAAAAUACAAGAAGACUUUGAAGGGCGAAGCGGUGCCUAUACCCGUCAGAUACGAAAUGAAAGGGUUCAAUAGUCUGCUGGGCUCGCACUACGACCAUUAUUACAUCACUUACGAGAACUAUGACGUCGAGGCCAUCGACCCAGCGGUUUUCAACAUAGAUUCAAGCAUGCAGUGUACGUCGUUCCCCGGGCCGGGUUCCCGUCACUACGCCACCUUCAACCCGAUGAAGGAGUUCGUUCACCCUGCCGACGAUUCUCACGUACACGACGAGUUCGACAGAUACAAAAACAAGCACGGCAAACAUUACGAGAGUGCAAUCGAACACGAAAAGAGGCUGAAUUUGUUCAGACAAAAUCUUAGAUUCGUCCAUUCGAACAAUCGCGCCCGCCUCGGGUUCUCUUUGGCCGUGAACCACCUCGCGGACAGGAGUGACGACGAGAUUGCAGCAUUGAGAGGGCGCAGACAUGACGGACCUAGCCCGUUGGGCCUUCCUUUCCCGUACACGCCGUCGAUGGUUGAGGAGUUGAGCAUCAAACUGCCGUACGAACACGACUGGAGGCUUUUCGGAGCUGUCACACCCGUUAAAGAUCAGUCUGUCUGUGGGUCGUGCUGGUCGUUCGGCACCGCGGGCGCUGUGGAGGGCGCUCUGUUCCUGCACAACGGCGGCCAUCUCGUGCGGCUCAGCCAGCAGGCGCUCGUCGACUGUUCUUGGGGGUACGGCAACAACGGAUGUGAUGGCGGUGAAGAUUUUCGCGCGUACCAAUGGAUUAUGAAGCACGGGCUACCUACUGAGGAAGACUAUGGCGGGUACUUGGGGCAGGACGGUUACUGUCACAUUGACAACGUCACCCUGGUGACCAGUAUGAAGGGGUGGGUCAACGUCACUGCCAAGGACGAAAACGCUUUGAGGUUGGCUAUCUUCAAGCACGGGCCCAUAUCUGUGGCCAUCGACGCCUCGCAGAAAACAUUCAGUUUUUAUUCGAACGGAGUGUACUAUGAUGCCAAAUGCAAAAACAAGAUUGACGAGCUCGACCACGCGGUCUUGGCCGUUGGUUACGGCAUCCUCAAUGGGCAGAAGUAUUGGUUGAUCAAGAACUCUUGGUCCAACAUGUGGGGAAAUGACGGGUACAUACUAAUGGCCAGUAAAGACAAUAACUGUGGCGUCGAAACGGCCCCAACUUAUGUACUUAUUUAAGUUAAAUUUGCAAAAGUUAGUUUGUAAUGUGCCUGAAUAAAUUGGGAAUAUUACAAGCUGAUCUAAACAGUUAUAUUGUAACCUAACGGGAUUUUAAUGUCUCGAGUUUUAUAAGCUAACUUAUUAAACAAGUAAGUUUGAUGUUAUUUAAGUUCCGGUGAAGGAAAACAUCGCGAGGAAACCUGCACACUGGUUGAUUAUCAUUAACUUGUGUGUGAAAUGGAGCAGAAGGCAAUGGCAAACCACUCCAUUAAUAAUGCCAAGAAAGUUGUUGUGUGUGUUUCAUUUCGCGUAACAACCACGACCCUCAGCCAUGAGGAAUACGAAUAUGAAGAAGAAGUUUUUAUAUAACGUGUUUAGUGAUUAGUUUUUGUAAUGUUUUAUUUGAUUAGGCAAAUUACAAAUAAGGCUGUUCAUAAUUUAACUAUAAUUACAAAUAUAUAUGCUUGUAAGCAUCGAAAUCUUACGUAGAUAGAUUUAAAAAAUCAUAUCCCGAAAUUUAUAUCUAAAAAUAUUUAUUUUAAUUCCCAUUUAGGUCACUUAAAAACAGCGGAACAUUUUCUGAGAUCAAUGGAAUAUUAAUUUUAUGACCAUUGAUAUAUACAGUCCAUGAAACUAAAAUGACAUUUAUGUCAAUAGUUAUCAAGUUCAUAUCUCAAAACUCUCAGAUACUCUACUGUUUUUAUGCGCAGACGCAUAUAGUGCCUUUGGCUAUGAUCACCAAAAUAUUUUAGUGUUACACUUAUUUAUAAAAUAAUCGAUCCAUGACAUAAUGAUAUUAAAUUUAAAUAUGUGAGGUUAUGGAUUAAAAUAUAUUUUCAAUUUUAAUUGGCAACUCUUGUAGCCGUUAUGUAAAGAGCUGAAUUUUUAUCUCACAUUUUUGUUUGGAGUUUAAUCUCAUUUUAAGUGUGUAUUUACUUUUAAGUAUCAAUUAUCUAAUAUCAUAUUGAUUACUUAUUUUAAAUGUACAUAUGGCUGUGUUAAACAUUCACAUUCCGGCAGUUUUUAAAUAAAGUAAGCAAAUGUUUGUAAGAUUUUAAUAAAAUAUAUUAAUCAAAA